AAUAAAUUCAAUUUGUGUAGUAACAAUGGUUUAUCUAGCACAUUGAGUGGUGACACUUGCAUACUUGGAGAAACCAGCUAUAAUUCAAAUAUUUCAACAUUGACUAACCAGAAGAGAAAACAUCAACACAUUUAUGUAGAAGACAGCGCUGUUGAGCUGAACUGCAACAAUAAAAGAGGAAUACAGACAAAAAGCCUCACAAACGAUGGCAGCUAAGUGAACACAGCUCAAUGUUUAGCCUUUCUCUACAAGAUAAAUCUACUGACUUACAACCAAAGCGAAGUACUUCAAUGAAGCCAUCCUUGCCAUCUCGGAAGUCAUAUGUUAUUGCCUCACCUAUAAGAAAGACAAUACCUAAAGAUUUAAAGACUGUAAGGCGCUCCUGCCCUCAAAAACUUGAAAAAACAAAUGGUACGAUGGCAGGGUACUCAUCAAAUAAUAAACUGACAACUGAAGAUAGUGAGGAUGAAGACAUAAAAAUGAUAAAAGAUUUAAUAGAAGAGCACAACCAAAAGAUUCUUGGACGGAAAAUACUAUAUGAUGACAAUGGAAGAAGAAUUAGGAGAACUGACUUACCACAACGAAUCAAAAAGAAAGAAAAUAUUAAGCCAACAUGCACUAUUUCCAUCAACAAAAAAUCAAAGGAAGACAGUUUGGAGAAUGAUAUGGCAAUACGUGAACUAAUUGAAAAACACAACCAACGUAUUCUUUCUAAGACAAGCAAGUACGAUUUGAAUGGAAGAAGGAUUUGCAAAGGAAAUACAACAGCAGUAGCUCCUAGCUCUGUGAUGAAGGAGAAGGGGAAAACAGACAACAAAACACAUUGUAUGUUUAUGCCAAAGAACACAAGAAGAUCUGGGUUACAUCAAACUGUACGUAAACUGGAAAAACAAGAGAUGCACACAACGCUGACAAGGACAAAAAGUCAUCGGAGAUCGCAUAUAGUUGAUCAAGAGAAACAAAAAAUACCAAUAAGGAAAAGUUAAUUAAAAAAUAACUUGUACAAAUGAUACCAAAAAAUGCAGUUGACAAAUUUGUAAAUAAAAUUCUUAUAAUGAUUAAUCUAGAGAGGUCAGGUGUGUAGCAAAAACGCUCCUAAGAUUUAUAAUUAGCAAAAACAUAGACAUUAAUUACAGUAUGGUAUUAUGAUUUCAAUACAUUCAGAAAGCUGAAAUAUGAUUUGAAACAGAAAAAAAUAUUUUUAAAAAAAAUCAUGCUUUUUUUAAUGGAAUUGUAUUAAAAUUUA